AUGAAGCGCCAUUUUAUUGACCUGUUCUUGGGCCUACUGCAUGCCUUAAUCGCCUUCUACCUCGUGCACUUGACCAAUGAAGUGCAACCGGCCGCGUAUAUGGACGAGUACUUCCACGAGAAGCAGACCCAGGCGUACCUAGCCGGCCGUUGGUCCGAAUGGGAUCCUAACAUAACCACUCCACCUGGCCUCUACCUUCUUACCGCCGUCAUUUUGAAACCACAGGAAAUCUUCCUUGGCAAUAAUACUGGACAAAACCUCUCUGUCACGCAUUUUCGUCACCUCAAUGCGCUCCAUCUGGGUGUGAAUGCAUUCCUCGUGUCCAGUAUCAUGUCGCGUCUUUGUCGUUUGCCCCUGCCUCUCCACCUCCUCUACAUAAUCAGCACAGUCACACUGCCAGUACUCUUCUUCACCUCCUUCUUGUUUUACACUGACCAGCUCUCGCUCGCGGCUGUUCUUGCAACUGCCUUGGCCUUCCUCUCCAAACACCCUUGGACGGCUUUUUUCCUGGCCUGUUUUGCCUGUUCUGUGCGGCAGACCAACAUUGUCUGGUGCGCCUUCCUUGUGGGCAUGGCUACUGCUCUUAGAUUGUCCUCCCUCCUCAGGGACCGCGGCAGCCCGACCAAACGUUCUGCCUUCGGUUGGCUCCUUGUCCUCCUCCGCUCGCCAGUCAAAGUGGUGCAAGCUGUUUUCCAGAGCAUCGUCUACGAUGCACCCCUACUCACACUACUGGGGGGCCUAUUCAUGGCUUUCUUGUGGUGGAAUGGGGGCAUUGUAUUGGGAGACCGCAGUUCCCACGAGUUCACCCUCCAUAUCCCUCAACUACUAUACUUUCUGGCCUUUUGUGCUGCACAUACGCCCCUUCGUUUCCUCCUCUUUCUCCUCCGCUUGUCGCGGUCGUUCCACAGUCGCCGUGGGCUGCUCCUCCUGCUGCUUCUACUUUUCUCCUUGACGGCGCUGUCUGUAGCCUCGGUACACUGUUGCACUGUGGCGCACAAGUACAUCCUCGCGGAUAAUCGCCAUUACACCUUCUACGUGUGGCAGAGGUUGUUUAAACGCUAUGCAGCCUUUCGCUAUAUCCUGACUCCACUCUAUGCGUUGGCCGCACUGUAUGUGGCCUCCACUUUCUUUCCGACGAUGGAGACGGCAGUGGCUGUAAUGACCGAGGCCGCGCCCUGUCGCCUGUUGGCUCUGCUUCGGCUUGCCAUCUUCCUAGUCUGCACCGCCGCCUGCCUCAUUCCCUCUCCCCUAAUUGAAUGCCGCUACUUCAUUGUGCCUUUUGUGGUCUGGCGUCUGAUGACUGCGCCGCACGCAGCGGCUUCUCCAGCUGCAUUACUGACUGCUGCCUCGGAGGUGCUCUUAAAUGUAGCAGUCAAUGCUGUCACAGUAUACGUCUUUUUAUAUAGACCCUUCGUCUGGGAUUCGCAACCUUCCGUUAUGCAGAGAUUUAUGUGGUGAGAAUUGUGUUGGUCCUUUUCUGGAAUUCCUCUUUUUAGGACACAUUUAUUAAUGUGUAUACAUUUUUUCUAUUUUCGCAUUUCGGCUGUGAUUAGUUGGUUUUGCCCAAGGACAGGUAAAUACCCCCUGAUGCUUAUUUUCUUGCAUAUCUUUCGCCGGAGUAGAAAGGCGCUUACUUUAAUUUGCAUUGUCUUUUCCCCUUAAAAAUCGAAGUUUAAGAUGGGGUUCUAUACUACUGUUAACAUACACACAGUUCGACCGUCGGUUCCGAUGACACGGGUGAUGAUGGGCUGUCAGCUGAAGUCUAGAGGAGCUGGCUUGAUGCAAUUUUUGAGCGGUUGAGAAUGAUGUUUCUGUGAGCAUGUAACAAUGAGUGUACAACAGAAUGUGAGUCAUGCCGUCCUUUUUCUCCUUAUACAGAAACAAGGACGAAACAACAUCAAGACCACAGAGCCGUCGGCGUAAUCGAUAUCACUACAGUGAUUUCCGCAAGUUUUCUCUUGAACCGAUUUUGAUCCGCCAGGCAAGCGUCGGAAAAGUUAGAAAAGGUUCGCUUUUCUCCUUCCAGAGACUGCAUUGGUUGACGAUUGACCACGAGAUGAAUCCUAAAUCAGCGACACCAUUUCUGAAAGAUUGUCUGUUGCCUCAAUUUUGCUGAAACGUCAGACUUGAUCAGUCGCACAGCCCUCUGGGGGGCUAUGGAAGUCGUAACCCUGAUAUGACCAUACCAUCGACUGCACCGAACUAAAGUUAGUCUACAGUGAAGAGUAGUGCUUCGCUGUCAGUGUCGAUGCUCGACAAGUUUGGGCUCUAUUUAAAGAGAGUGGACUUACGCCGCAUCUGACGUUUAAAUUAAUGUCCCUUAUUACCGAAACGCGCAUUAGUGCGCACAGGCGGUCUGUGACAUGUCGCACCAGAAACUUGCCUGCAUGGAAGGGAGCGAUGUCUUCCGUCCAGCAUUGUAAGCGAUAAGAACACAAUCCUAAUGCGAGAGCCUGCGAAACGAAAGCCAUACGCGACGCGACAUUAAAUAAUAUGUUUCGCCAGAUGCCUAGACAACCAUCGUCUGAGGACGACAGACUGGCACACUACUUGUCGUCGAGGGAAACGACUAAAGAACAAGUAUGGGUGUUACGGUAUGAGACCUCAUUCAAAACAGCUGCUGCAAAACCCGUCAACAUGACUGUAGGAAUGGAGUACCGACUCCUCAAUCAAACGAAGGCAACAGACGAGACGUAGAUGCCCUUUGUAGGAGAACCUAUAAUCCUUGCCGAAGACAGGUCUAAUAUCUAAGAUGGAAAAUUAAGUGUGGGGUGUUAGAUCAUAGCUCGCUGAUGUUCUUGACUUUGUCUAACGAGAAAAUAUCCACACACGUGGUUUCAUACCACUUAAACGAAAAUUGUAGCUGUUGUGAGAGAAAGUAGUCCCCUCUGCAAACCUAAACCGGGCUUGCUGAACGCAGGCUACCAAUACUGUCAAUUGGCGGUGCAUCUGAACUCGCAAGUGGACGUUCUCGUUCCCUCGACAUUUAACACGGACUUAAGGCCCCAUAAUUGCUAUCGACGCCGGAGUUGGCGACCUUACUGAGUUGUAGGCAAGGUACUCCAUUUAACAAGACCGCUGUGGUUUGUUAUCCUGCGAUUAACAUACAGUAUGUGACCUUACGCAUGAAAGAUGUCGAAAUUAUUCGAUUGACUUCUUAUCACGCGCAAACGGACACCAAGGCAUGGACCCAAUAUCAAUUUUAAUUAAUCACAACUUUAAGGGAAUUAGGAGCACAAAAGAAAUGUAAAAGGUAAUGUUGCUUUGUUUAGAAAUAUCAAGAUAAGCGUUGGAAAAGCAAAAAAGGUCCACAUUUCUCCUUUCAGAGACUGCAUUGGUUGACGAUUGACCACGAGAUGAGUCCUAAAACAGCGACACAAGUGGCUGACAAGGCUUUGCAGCCCGUCUGCACGUUUCCCAGACACGUACAGUGCGUGACCGAUCUCAUGCAAUGUUAGCCUAAAUUCUGAAAUGCGUUGUCGAUUAGGAAGGAUUACUUAUGUGGGUUGUAAUAUUGAUAAGCAUGCAGCAUAAUCCUAUAGCAUUUCGGACUCAUCAGGAUGUCGGCUUUUGAAUGCACUCCUUUUUGGCCUUCUGCAGAAACCACGAUCUGCAAAAAAUGACUACUUGAGUAGCAUGCAUUUUUCGUAUUGAUUUUUGAUGGUCUUGCGAAUUCAAAUUUAUUUAAUACAGAACGUGCACAAAAAUGUGCCUUCUUUUAUUGAUUCGGUAGAAAAUUACACUGGCUUCAUGUAUUAUGACCGAAUCAGGUGUAUAUUUAGGUUUUAAACAAGUUUUCCAAUUCCCGAAUAAUUUUGAGCCAGAUCUGCCAUUGCAUUAGCGUUUAACGAUUUCAGUUUACAAGGUGUAUGCCCUCCGCGUAAAGAAAAUCAUGUGUUUCUCUUUGCCUUUAAGAAAAUACCAUGUGGAGUUCAUAAAAUUUUGCAAUGGAUCCGGACUGUGUUGUGCAUUUCAUAAAAAGCCUUGGUAAACGGACAUGUAGGAUGCUCUAUAUAUGGACAUGGCACGGUCUUGGAAAUCUCACAAUAAGAAGCCUUUUAAAACCUAAGUAUACACCUGCUUCGGGUAUAAAAUAUGAAGAAAGUACGAUUUUCUACCGAACGAGUAAAAUAAGGCAUAUUUUUUGCACGUUCUCUAAUAAAUAAACUUGAAUUCGCAAGACCAUCAAAAAUCAAUACGAAAAAUGCAUGCUACUCAAGUAGUCAUUUUUUGCAGAGGACGGUUUCUUCAGGAGGUCAAAACCGAGUGCAUCCAAAAGCCGACAUCCUGUUGAGUCCGAAAUGCUAUAGGAUUAUGCUGCAUGCAAACCAAUAUUACAACCCACCUAAAUAGUCCUUCCUAAUCGAAGAUGCAUUUCAGAAUUUCGACCAGCAUUUCAUGAGAUCGGUCACGCACUGUACCAGGUCUUCUGAGAACAAAGAUGGUGACUCGGGUCCCAUCUGAGUUAAAAUACCAUGGAGGCCGCAUUAAGAAGGGUCAGUGAGCCUGACUCGUGAUUAUCGGACAACUUAGCCCGCAUGCACAUAAUACUGAUCACAAAGACCGAGAUAUCCCGUCAGCCGGCAGCCCUUCAAUACAGGACUUCUAACGCAUCGCGAUGGCUUCGAAGUGCAUCCGAUUUAUUUUGGCGGGAAAUGCGCUGCUGUGCCGUGGGAAUGGAGUCCCCAGGGUGAAAUUUACUCCAUUUUGCUCCUUCCGUGCAUCGGUCUGCUGUCGGAGCCGAUAACGUACGUAUAUAUAUGAGAGACAGAGGCGAUCUCGGGAACCAUGGUUGUAUUGUCCAGACGUUUCAAAAUCAAGCAAGCUUUCAUCGUUGGAGAUGAUUAUCGCACGCCUUCACGCAGCGUUUAUUGUGGGAGGGAUGCCAGCCAUGUUAAUACGGGAUGUUUAAUUCAUAAUGAAGACGGAAAACAACAACCAGCUGCCGUUACUGGAUGCCUUUGUCCAUCGAAAACCCAACGGGCAGAUAAAAGCAACGGUGUAUUGAAAGGUCACAAACACACGUCAAAUCCUAAGCUAUCACUGUACGCACCCAAUGCGUCACGAACGCAGCUGUGUGCGAAUACACUACAGUAGGGUAGGAACGAACAGCAGCGACCCGGAUGGCAGAAGGACAGUACUCCGCUACCUUCAGCGCCUUUUCAUGGCCAAGGGAUACUCCCGUAACUUCAUCAAGCGCAGCAGGCGGUCUAAACCAAGCCAAAGUCCAGCGACAGAACAGCCUAAAGGGGCAUGCACUGCCGUGCAUUGAUGGCGUCUCUGAGGCAAUCUCCCGCCUGCUAAGACCCUUGGGGAUCGGAAUCGCCCAUCGGCCGGACUCAACCAUUCGACAUCUAGUUAUGAGACCUAAGACCCCCUGCCACGAGGUCAGACAACAAACGUCAUCUACCGGCUCCGGUGUAACUCUUGUGAAGCUAACUAUACCGGAGAGACCGACAAACAAUUACAAACCGGUGUUCACGAACACAUGAUGGGCCCAUUGACUCUGCGGGUGGAACACUGCACAGACUCCGGACACACUUUUGCCCUCCAGACCCCCGAAAUUCUGGGUCUAGGCCAUGACCGCGUAGCCAGGGAAACGAUCGAGGCCUGGCACACGGAGACUACCCGAAUAAACCGUUGUGUCGCCUUUCCGGAAGCCUACCAGGCCCUCCGUACGCAGUUUAACGAACGAAAGAGCAAGCGCGAUGUUAGACCAGACGUGAAUCCAAACACGGGAGAACCUAUGACGGACCCGCAAGUAGCCACACGGCAAUUUGCGUACAACGAAGGCGUAGUCAUCAGUACUGCUGCCUCAACUACUAUUCGGGCAGAUGGGGAGAAAUGCGGUCAGAGGGAUGUAAUCAAGACCAGCGACCCAGGACGGCAACUAAGGUCAACGCGAAUGCGGGACACGUUCACCAAUACUCAAACGCCGCCCACCGACGAGAGGCAGACAGAUUGA